AGUUUUAAAAAAUAGUUGAACGGUGGUGUGGUGUUGACGAAAAUAAAAACAUUUUCCUUCUCAAACAUUUAACCAAUUUUUAGAAAUAAUUCAAAUAAUUUAUUCAGAUGAAAAUGAGGCCAAAUAUAAUUUCGAACCUUUUGCUGUUUGCAUUAAUGAUGCCGAUUUUCGGUCAAAUGUUCUAUCCGAAGCAUAAAUCGACCAAAAAAUAUUAUCUAAUUACAUUUAAGGCAAAUUGGUUCAAAUCUUUAUCACAUUGCCGUUCCAUUGGCAUGAAUUUGGUUAGCAUUACAUCAAAAGAAGAAAACGAUCGAAUCGCGAAGCUAAUUGUAGACGCAGGUCAUGAAACUGCCAAUUUCUGGACAUCAGGAGUAAGAAUAGAUGAAGUAUUGUGGGAGUGGGUGGGCAGCGGUAAACAAAUUACUUUUAACAAUUGGACACCUGGACAACCAGACAAUCAGAAUCAACCAUACAACACCAACAAAGUAGAAACUUGUGUGAAUGUUAUUGGUAAAAACUCGUACGGUGAUUUUCAAGCUCAGAAAUGGAAUGAUGAGAAUUGUUUUACGGAAAUGUAUUUUAUUUGUGAACAAGAUUUGAUUGAAUAUGAAUAUUGUACAAAUUGA